CGAGAGGGGAGAAAGGGCAGGGACGGGGAGGAAGAAGAGGGGGAUCGGGAGGAGGGAUGGGUUGUGUUUUGCUAAAUACUUCCAAACAGGGCUCGAGCUCGCAGGUUCCUCCACCUCCGGGCCGUUUCUCCCGAACCUGGACCAGGCGGAGAGGAGUGGGAGACAGAGGGGAAGGAGAAAAGUGGAUGGUUUGUCCCUGCUCCAGAGUUGAACCCUCCUCCUCCUCCGCCUUCCCCCUUCAAAAAAAAAAAAAAAAAUAGGAGACAAGAUUCGCCAGGGAGAAAACAGGCCUUAGCCUGGGAGGGCCGGACCCAGGGAAGAUCUCGGGACCACAGCGGCAAAGAGGGGGUACUCUGUACCCCAAGCCUCUCCGAUCCCUUCCAAGCCGCUGUGCCCCGCCCCCGGAAAGCCUGGAGCUAAACAGCUAUUCCCCUCCCUCCACCUUCUCGCCAUCCCCAACCCCCACGCUGCCUUUUCCUUGUUCCGUGCUGCAGCUGCAGCUGCAGCUGGAGAGACUCAGUUGUGGUUUCCUUUUUGCCUCUUGGAUGGAAACUUUCAAGUUGGUUUUGAACUCGACCAGUGCAGCCAGAUGCUCCCUUUUGAGAUCCGGUUCCCUACAUGGCCUUAGAGGAUCUAGUUCUGAUGACCUGCUCUGAUCACCACAACAGCAGCUGACCAGGACAGGGUUUGACCAGGCUCAACAGGAGAUUGCUUUGCUGACGCUGCUCUUGCUAGGAGAAGCUGGCAGGUCCUCUAGUCCAGCAAGGAGAUGUUCCUGGGACAUCUCAUCCAAAGUCACAGUGAGGACACCCAACCUGGAACUUUCAGGAGCAGGUCUGGCAAAGAUCCAGGCCCAAGGCACAGCAUCAGCUUGGAACAGCAUGAGAACACAGAAGACUCAGUUACACCAAUGCAUGAAAAAGACCAGACUGGCAGUUAUAAGUGCCCACCUUCCAUCCUGAGACGUAAACCACCAGAGUGCCCUGUAACAGGUGAAAAGAAAAGGGCUGAGAGGCGGGUGCGCUUCCAAGAGCCUGAGGAGACAGCUGUGCAUGAUAUCUCCUAUGUGGACACCAUUGUAGCCCCCGACAGAUGGUCAUCUGGAUGCUCCCUGUUCCUGUGCCUCUGCCUUUGUAUCCUGCUUGGCCUAGCCCUGAGCUUCUAUUGUGGUCAGGCCAAGUUGGGCUCAAAAGCCCUGGAGGAAUUCCGAGCCUGGCUCCUCCUUUUCCUCCUCCGGGUAAGACACAUGGCUAUGACCUUCUGGAAGUGGUUUGGGAGACAAUAACAGGAGCCUCCACUGCAGCCCACCAUUUGUUCAAAUGCAGUUCUGCCUUUCUCAUUUUGAGAAACUUCUUCGGUUGCAAUUUAGGAAAGUGAUUUCUCCAGCCCCCAACCAACAAGGCAAUGAAUGGUGUCUGAGCCAGGAAUAUGGAGUGUUUUGACAUGAAGUCUCUGGAAGCUGAGGGUCUUCUGAACAGCAUACUCAAGUUCAAGGAGAAACAAACAGUGUAUCUGCUGAGAAAACUCCAUGCACCAAGACCCCCAUUCUAAUGGGUUUUCCUGUGCCAGAGUUCACCAGUUAUGAGAACUUCCCACUAUCAUUACUAAAAUAUACAUGCAUGUAUACAUACAUACACACACACACACACACACACACACACACAAGUUCAAAGCUGGAAGCAUCAAAUUCAACUUGUGGUUAUAUGAGCAAUCCUUUCUACAACAGAUCUCAUAAGUAGUUAUCUAGCCUCUAUCUGAACACUUCUAGUUAUGAAGAUCUCAUUACUUUCUGAGGCAAAUCACCCUAAUUUUGGUCAAUUCUAAUCAUUAUAAUUUUAAUCUAAUCAUUGUAUUCCACUAAAAUCUGCCUCUCCAUCACCUUUCACCCAUUGUUUCUGGUUCUGCCAUCUGGACCAAAUAAAUUGUCUCUCCCAUGAUACUUUGGGUCAUUGGAUAUAGUGACCUGAGUAGCUGCUAAAAGUAGAUUUUCUGGGGCAGCUAGGUGGCACAGUGGAUAGAGCACCAGCCCUGAAGUCAGGAGGACCUGAGUUCAAAUAUGACCUCAGACACUUAACACGUCCUAGCUGUGUGAUUCUGGGCAAAUCACUUAACCCCAAUUGCCUCAGCAAAAAAAAAAGAAAAGAAAAGAACAAAAGUAGAUUUUCCCUUCUGUAGACUAUAUAUCUACAGGUCUGUCAACAUAACCUCAUAUUGGGUGGUCUUCACGCCUCAUCAUUUGGGUCAUUCUCCUCUCUACAUACUCCAGCUUUUCAGUGUCUUUCCUAAUAUGUGGCACACAAAAAUUAAUACCAGCUAUGUGCCAACAUGGCAGAGGUCAGCCAGACCAUUGACUCCUUCAUUCUGGACAUUUUUAAUGAGUCCAUUCUGGACUCUUUUAAUGAAAUCUACAUUUGCAUUCACUAUUUUGGUUACCAUGUCAUCCUGCUAAUUUAUAUUGAGCUUGUGGUCAGUCCAUUAAGUAUCCCAAGCAUCUCUUUUUAAUAAAUAUGUAUAGUUUUGCCCAUUUACACAUAUACACAUUACUACACAUGCGUGCACACACACACACACACAUGCUCCUCUAAAAUUCUUGAAAACCCAGACACUGCCAGGCUAAACUGCUGUCAUACUAAUUACUAAUUGUACUCAUAUUACUAUAACUUUUAUUAGAGAACAUUGGACCGUGGGCACAUCAUUUUCUCAAUCAUUAAAGAAAGUUUCACUUGUUAAUCCACAAAUAGAUUCUGUUCUGUUUUCCAAAUAUCACCUGUCUCCAGUUCAACUCAAUACCAUGCAUUAAACAUGAAAUGAUCAUUAUAGGCAAGGUGGAAGACAGCCAAGAUAUGGCAGAUAGAGAGAUGACCUUGAAAUGAGGAAGACUUGACUUUAACACAUUUUGCGGUGUAACCUAAUCUCUCCUGCUCUAAAACUUCUCAAGACUAUUAGUUACAGAUGUGUUGCUGCUGGCAUUGAUGAAAAAACUUUCCAUAAUAAAAUUUCACUUAUGGAAUCACAUGGAAAAAAUUAAGUGUAUGGUGCUGUACUAAGUACUAGUAGAACUAGUACUAACUCCUGCCCUGAAGAAGAUUACAUUCCAAUGGAGGAGGGAAAGACAGAAGUAGGUACAAAUUGUAAGUCAAUAAAUAUGGCACAAGAAAGAGUUAUAACAACAAGGAUAAGACAAAGACAGAGUGCUCUAAGGAAAUUUGAAGAUGGGAGAAUUUUCAGCUAAGGGAAUAAGGACUUGAACUGGGCUUCAAAAAAAAAAAAAAAAGAUGAAUAUCUCAAGAGAAAGUGAUGAGGAAGGUU